UGUACUCAAGUUAUGAUGCAGUUCAUGGGUAGCGUACUUUUGCCCUACAUUGCCACUGGGGCUCCUCCACCACAGGUUCCAUUUGAGCCCAGAUCUUAUUGUGGAUUAAACAUCAGCUGAACGGACUCCUUCCUGCAUGGUGAAUGAGAUGGCAGAGUGUGGGGCCGAAGGUGAACUGCCCCAGAGGCGUCUUGGGGUCAAGAAACAGCCAAAUGGAGAGCUGACCGACUCAGAGCUGUCUGUGGAUGACAGGAAACAGAGGGAGCGGGAGGAGCGUGAGACUCUGGUGUUAUGGAAGAAACCUCUGCUCACCCUCCACUACUUCACUCUGGAGCUGCUCAUCACCCUUAAAGAGUUUCUAUUGAGGCUCUGGCAGCAAAGACAGACAGUGUUUGGCCUGCUGAUCCUGCUUCUCCUCCUCUCCAUUGCCUACUGUAUUGAAGGAACACACCAGAAGUAUGUGCUCUACAUGGAGAAGAAGACGCUGUGGUGCGCCUACUGGGUUGGCCUGGGCAUCCUCUCCUCGGUGGGUCUUGGCACUGGCCUGCACACCUUCCUGCUUUACCUGGGACCACACAUAGCAUCAGUGACCUUGGCAGCCUAUGAAUGUGGCUCUGUGGAUUUCCCCGAACCACCCUAUCCGGACCAAAUAAUCUGUCCCCAGCAGAACGCCCCAGCACCAGGCUCUGAUGCUGAGCAGGUGGGCGUGGAGGCCGCGGUGGUCGACGGGUCGGUGGGGACAGCUGCCAUCCAGGGAAGCAUCACUCUGUGGACCAUCCUCUCCAAAGUGCGCCUGGAAGCUUGCAUGUGGGGUGCAGGUACGGCUAUAGGAGAGCUCCCUCCCUACUUCAUGGCCCGGGCGGCGCGGCUGUCUGGCGCCGACCCCGACGACGAGGACUACCAGAGGUUUGAGGAGAUUCUGGACGAGACCCAUUCCGCACAGGACUUUGCCAGCCGAGCAAAAGUAGCAGUGCAGAAACUCAUCCAGAGGGUCGGCUUCUUUGGGAUUUUAGUCUGCGCUUCUAUUCCAAAUCCCUUGUUUGACCUGGCAGGAAUAACAUGUGGACAUUUUUUGGUUCCCUUCUGGACUUUUUUUGGUGCAACUCUUAUUGGGAAAGCAGUCAUCAAAAUGCACAUUCAGAAACUGUUCGUGAUCGUCACCUUCAGCAGGCACAUAGUGGAGCAGAUGGUCUCCCUCAUCGGAGCUGUUCCACUGCUGGGUGCGGCACUGCAGAAGCCCUUCAGGGAGUACUUGGAGGCCCAGAAGGCCAAGCUGCACCAUCACGCUGGAGAGGGGAUCCCAACUGAGGAGAGCUGGCUGCCGUGGCUCUUUGAGAAGGUUGUGGUCAUCAUGGUAUGCUUCUUUGUCUGCUCCAUUGUCAACUCCAUGGCCCAGAGCUACGGCAAGCGCAAGCAGCAGGAGAAGCUCUCGGAGGGCAAAACGGAGUGAAGGCCAGAUAGCGAUCACGGCGAAACCAUCAACGUCAGAGGUCCCACCAAUCCCUUUGCUCUCCCUGCUGGCUGAUAACACACCAUUAUCUGAAGCAAAAAUAUCAGCCUCCAUCUGGUUUCUCUCUCGUUAUUGUAGCAACAUGUUUAUUUUGAACUCGGACUUCCAUUUACGUGCUUUUGAAGGCUUUUGCAUUUGGUAGUGAUUUUGUUCUCUGUAAGUAAGGUAGGUGCUUGUUGGGAUGCGUGUGAGUGAGCUGUUGUGUUGUGUUGGGUUCAUGUCGGUGCUUUUAGCAGCUCCUCUUGAGCACGUGAGAAGAAGCUGCUUGCCAUAAUUCUCCUCAGUGAGGCCUUAAGCUGCACUGUUUGUUAGAAGAAGUCUUAUUAGAGUCACUUGAAUUCACUUUAUUUCAAUAAGCUAGGAUUGUUACUUUUGAUUCUGUGGCGUUCUGUCAAUAACUUAAUUAUUUAUUAUCUAUAUUUGCUGGUUUAUUAAGAAGAUGUAUUUAUUACUGUACUGUAGAGUUGUUGUGCAGUAUUGGCUGUGGUUAGAUAAGACAUGUAAAUGAUUGUGUCCACUCAUUUCUACAUAUUGUAGAGCUCUCAGUCAGUUGUCGUAUAGAUGUUAAUGUUUCAAACUGUCCGUGGUGCUUUAGACGACCACUUCUUUUGUGUGCGCAGUAAAGCUCAUCAAGGUACCUUUGGAUGAGAAAUGAUAAAUCGGCCAUGAAUCACCCUGCCGGUCUCUUUGUCUGCCCUUAUUGUUCUGCUUCCAGGAAGAGAGCACAUGAGUCAGCCCGGGGCUACUUUACCAGAUGCAGCCAUAUAUUGAAUCAGAUCUACGACAGUGUGUGCGCGUGCCUGGUGUGUGAGACGGGGAGCGAGAGGGAGAUAGUAGGCUUUGCGUUUGCGUGGCUGCCACAUUUGUUGCUCUCCCUUUUAUCUUUUAUGGAUUAAAGCAGAUUGGCUCCACUAAUAGACUAGAGCUGCCUGGAAGUCUUAGUAUAGCAGACAGUAGCUGUUCCUUUAACUUAGAGACAGUCUGUGUCGUGGUAAGUGUUUUUCUUUGUCUUCACUUGUCCUCUUUUUUUGUAUCCUCAGCAAGCUCAUGUUUGACAUUACACGAGCAUCUCCUAAAACCAAACUCUGCAUUUUAUAUGAUCGGUGUUCAUUUUUUUGCUCAGUGGAUAACGUCAGCUGGCUCUCGGUAUAUGCGGUACCUUCUCUUUUUUUCAUAAUUGCCGGAGAAAUGUGCUAUUUUCUUCUCCCUCUCUGUACCGCCGCUGUGCUACGCUGGACUGAGCACAGUGGGCGCUAGAGCAAGCAGGAGAGAGAGGGAAAAAAAAAAAAGCCUCAAGCGCACAGUGAAAAGCGUCUGUGCCGUUACCUCAGCUGAACCUUCGAAUGAACCCGUUGCACUGCCCCAGUCACGGAGCCAGGAGACGAAUCACUCGAGUAGAUUCAAAACAGAGGGGCACUGUUGAGCGGGCUGAACCCAGCGCUCUGCACCAGCUCUAGUCAGAACAUUCACAUCUCUUUUUCUCCUGUCAUGGUAAGUCGGAUCAGGAUUCUUUUUUUUUUUUUUUUCAUUAUUGUCGUCUCUGUACAUGCGUACGUCUCAGGCAUGUCCGUCACUCUCUCGGCCUGUCAGAUAGCUUAUCAGACUGGUGUUGGCUGUUAAGAUUGCAAGGCGACAACAGUCUGUAGGCUGUCUGACAUUUCGGGCUCUUUCAUCUGACCAGCAUCCUGUUUUGUCCUCCUUUUCUGUUAUUGUCAUUGUCUCAGUUAGCAUCAGUUCCCAUUUAGAGGUGUGUGCUGCGAUGUCACUUCCCUUUAUCCCAACCGCUUGUGAAGCGUCAGAAACGUGGGUUUAUUGUUUAUUUCCUCCAUGCUGACGUCUGUGAGGUUUUUCGUGUGGUUUUAUGUGGGGGAACUGCGUUUUUGCAUGUUUGCAAAUGCAGAUGUAGUGUUGUCUGUAGUGUACUUCUGUAUUUGUGUACGUGUGUGUGUGUGAGUUGGCUCUGUCCUCUUGAAUUUCCAGAGAAUCCAGACAGUACACACCUUAUUGCAACACAUCACAUUGUGACACCCAGUCCUAGGUAUAGUACACGCAGUGCUCACCCAGCUCUCCCCUUCCCUUUUACACUUCCCUCUUCUCUUACUGAGAACUUUCUUCUAUUGCUCAAUACGCACUUUUUUUUUUGUAGGAGGCUGCAUUUUAUUGGAACAACUCUCUUGAGGGGGUGUUUUUCUAAGGGCCACAAAUUGGUAAUUAUACAAAGCUGAAAAUCAUUGCUUGACCAGCGGAUACUUUUGCCGCAAAGCCUCAGUUUUAUUUUAGAUUCUUCUUUUUUUUUUCUAGAACAGAGCAAAACUUUUUCCUGGUCAUAAAAGCAAAAUCAUUGGAUAACACUGGAAUGGCUCGCUGGCUUACAGAGUGUUUUUCUUGGCAGUUUCAGGAUGUCCUGUUCCAUAAGGGAGCCCCCUUUUGGCAUGCCUGUCUGAAUGUGUGUGUGUGUGUGUGUGUGUGUGUGCGCAUGUUUGUCUAGAAAUUCUGUUUAUAUUUCGAUGUGUAAGUGCCUCUAUUUCUUGUCUAAUAUACGUCUGUACCCGGGUUAUUUUAAAGCUAUGUAUGCAGUGUAUUUUUCAUGUGCUUUCACUAUAAAUAAAGUCUGUUGAAAAGAG